AUGGCGGCGAUAGGUUUACCCGGGGAGGAUGAUGCCCUCGGAAUCGAAGAGGCGGGCAAGAGUUUCAAGAUCUGGAAGAAUCUCCAACGGGAGUUACAACGGCAGUUGGAGCGCCUCUUCUUCUUCUGCCGAAGCGGCGACUCGAAAUCAGAUGAGAAGAAGAGUGCGAGCAAGUCCAAGAUCUACAUCGCCAUGGAGCUCGUCCGCGGCGGCGAGCUCUUCUCCAAGGUCGCCAGAGGCCGACUGAGGGAAGACGCCGCUAGGGUUUACUUCCAGCAAUUGAUCUCCGCCAUCGAUUUCUGCCACAGCUGCGGCGUCUACCACCAAGAUCUGAACCCAGAGAACCUCCUCCUACUCCCCUUUCAAGACGACAAUCUGGUCGCCAUGUAUAGAAAAAUCUACAGGGGUUCAAAUGUCCGUCGUGGUUUUCCUCCGAGUCCCGCCGCCUCGUCACCAAGCUCCUCGACCCCAAUCCGACGAGCCGAAUCACCAUCUCGAAGGUCAUGGAGUCGUCCUGGUUCAGAAAAUCCAUCCCCAAAACUGAACGCGUUCCACAUCAUUUCUCUGUCCGAAGGGUGGCAACAGAAGCGUGGCCUCAGGGAGUUCACCGUUCAGACCAAAUUCCCGACUCGGCGACUCCGAUACUUCGGCAGGGCAGGGGGAGGGUUCGUUUCUCCACCGCCGAGCAAGAAGAGAAGAAGAAGCUUGAAAAGCAAAAUCAAGGUCGAAGCACUGGAAGACAUGGUGGCGAUUUCGCUUUACAGGGGGAAUCUCCACCGAGUCCCCGAUGCCCCUCGUCGAUGGCUGAUGCCCUCCCGAAACCUCUCUCUCAGGGACUUCAAAUCCCUCCUCAACCGUCGCUCCAGGGCUCUCUCUCACCUCCGCUCCCCCUCCACCGUCCUUGUCGCCGCCGGCACUACCUCUAACCCUAACCCUGACCUUACCAUUUCUACCAAACACGAUUCCAAGGAAGCUGGGGAUCCUACUACGCCUCAGUUGAAGGAGAUGAAAGCUGUUGAUGAUACGAAUCAUCGUGGCGAUGAGGAAGAAGGGCCUUCCGGGAGGGUUGGAGAAGGUGCCGAAGAGGACCGGGGCUUGUUGAAUGGUGGAGAUUGCUCGAUGAAGCUGGAUGAUGCGCCUGUUGAGAAUCCUGAAGCAGCUGAGAAAGGCCGAGUUGAGGUUGUUAAUGGUGAUGGAGAUUUGCAGGCUUUGCUCGCCGUGAAGCUGGAAGAAUCGGCUGAACCUAGUGCGGAGGCAAAAGACAAACCUGAGCUGUCAGGUGAAAAAGCAAAAAGGGAGAAAGAGGUUGAGGAGAAAUUGGAAAUUUUGAAUGCAAAGAAACAUAAUCUAGUGCAACUUCUAAAGCAGGUAAUUUAUGAUUCCAUCUCAUCCUCAUUUUAGUCAUUUUAUUACAUGGGUUCGUCAUAGUCAAAAGAUUCAAAUUCUGUAAUCUUGUUUCUGUUAGAAUUUGUUGUCCUAUUUACAAACGAAUUUUUUUUUUACAUUAUUGUAUUUGAAUCCAUCGGGAACUGGCUGGAAAUGAAAGAAAGUGGACAUCAACAUAUGAGGAACUCUAGGAACUUGUACUAGAUUUCUUGUUUAACAACUUCUACCCUCUGGCUUCAUCACCUAUUUUCCCUAGAUCAGUAUGCAGUAUGUGCUCUCACUUGACAGUUAUUAAAUGGCGAGGAAGAGCUGAAGAGACGAAGCACUGUGCAGGCGAUGACAACUCGUCCCUCUGGUCUGCUUCAAGUAGAUGUCACGAAUGAUUCUGGGUCGAUGAUCAGACACGUCACUCCUGGGAUGGGGUCAGAGGCUAAUCUUGGUGCAGAUAUGGAAGAAGCUGAAAAUGACGAUGUUUCAAAUCAAAAUGUUCAUUCUCGUUAUUUACAAAGAAUGAGCAGUAUUUCUCCAUCUUCAGAGUCUCCCCUUAGAAGACCCCCCUACAAUGUGGUUCCACCCCUCCCACCGCGAACAAGUUUGGGAGCCAGCCCAUCACGGUUUGCACCAACAGGGCAACAAAAUCAUCCGACAAACGCACCGCCCACAGUAUCCAUAUCUGGGACAAAUUACACUCCAUCUUCUCCUUCUCCCCUAGCAUCUGGUGGCACCUCAGCAUUUCGGGAUGCUCGCCAACCUAGCCCUUGGAACUAGAUCUAUCUCGACGUCGUAGCUCUUUAUGCAUGGAGUGCUGGAAUUCUGAGUCUUUAGCAGUUAUCCAGGCACCUACCAUGUUUCAUCCUCCUUGGCUGAUUCUCAUCCUGUAGCACUAGAACUUGUGGUGGUCCUAUUGAUACACAGCCCUUUCAGGAGCCUUGUUUUUCGAGCCAGUCUUCUUGAGGUAGAGAACUAGAUAUCCAACCAUCAUCAGGUCUGUCUCUUCUCCUCGUCAGCAUUCUUCCUUGUACAUCAAUUCAACCUGUAUUCAUUAAUUCCAUUCAUAAAUCAUUGAUAUUGUCAUUUGCGAUGCUGUAUAUUUGUAGUACUGAAGCCCAUUUGAGUGUAUUUUGUGCACCUUUUGUUGGAGCUAGCUGUGAACUGAUAGGUAAUACUCGUCUGUGGUUUGCUCCUGUAAACAACAUUGAUGAGAGGCGUGCUGCACACUUUUGUUAUUCAUUGAUGAACCAUCACUGUGGUGGUUUAAUAUUCAUUCUUGCGCAAUGAAACUGUUGCCGU